GAAAAAAGAGAGACUAAUAAAAUAGAGGAAGAGAGAGAGAGAGUGAGGGCAGGUUUUGCUGUUGGUCUCGAGUUCCGUCUCUCAGCCCUUUCUUUCUCCUCUCGAAGGUUAGAACUAACAACUUCGUAACGAUUAGAGAGAAGAGAAGAGAAGAGAGAGAAGAGAAACUCUUAACUUAACUUAACAAUCCUCUGAGAAGAAAGCUAGGGUUUAUGCUAUGCGCGAAUCUCAUAACUGACAAAAUAAAAACAUGGAUUCAGAUUCGUGUAUGGCACCUGAGGAGAAGGACCAAGAUCCCGCCUCUCUCAAUCACCACCAAUCCGCAUCUCAACCUUCUCCCUCCGAAACCGGAUCCGAAUCGGCGUCUCCCCCCUCAGCUCAACAGCAGCAACAAGCGGCGGUUGUAAUUGGUCCGAGAUGCGCGCCGUCGUAUACCGUGGUGAAUGCUAUACUAGAGAAGAAAGAGGACGGUCCUGGUCCUAGAUGCGGCCACACUCUGACUUCUGUUCCCGCCGUCGGCGAGGAAGGCUCCUCUAAUUACAUUGGACCGCGUCUCGUUUUGUUCGGUGGGGCCACUGCGCUCGAGGGGAAUUCAGGAGGAACGGGGACUCCUACUUCUGCUGGAAGUGCCUCCGGCGGCGGCAUUCGUUUAGCUGGUGCAACUGCUGAUGUUCAUUGUUAUGAUGUACUUACUAAUAAAUGGUCGAGGCUUACACCACAUGGAGAACCGCCUAGCCCAAGAGCUGCGCAUGUGGCUACUGCUGUUGGGACCAUGGUUGUUAUUCAGGGUGGAAUAGGUCCUGCUGGUUUGUCAGCUGAGGAUCUCCACGUUCUUGAUCUGACUCAACAACGGCCACGUUGGCACAGGGUUGUUGUACAGGGUCCUGGACCAGGACCGCGUUAUGGACAUGUCAUGGCACUGGUAGGACAGAGGUAUCUUAUGGCGAUUGGUGGAAAUGACGGAAAGCGUCCGUUAGCUGAUGUGUGGGCUUUGGACACUGCUGCUAAGCCUUAUGAAUGGCGUAAGCUGGAACCAGAAGGGGAAGGUCCACCUCCAUGCAUGUAUGCGACUGCAAGUGCGCGGUCUGAUGGCCUUCUUCUUCUCUGUGGUGGAAGAGAUGCGAGUAGUGUGCCCCUUGCAAGUGCAUAUGGACUUGCCAAGCACAGAGAUGGACGUUGGGAAUGGGCCAUAGCUCCUGGUGUUUCACCUUCUGCCAGAUACCAGCAUGCAGCAGUCUUUGUAAAUGCAAGGCUCCAUGUCUCUGGUGGGGCACUUGGUGGUGGACGCAUGGUAGAGGACUCAUCUAGUGUUGCAGUGUUGGAUACUGCAGCAGGUGUUUGGUGUGAUACAAAAUCAGUUGUUACUAGUCCUAGAACUGGUAGAUAUAGCGCUGAUGCAGCUGGUGGUGAUGCUUCUGUGGAACUGACUAGGCGCUGCAGGCAUGCUGCUGCUGCAGUGGGUGAUUUGAUAUUUGUCUAUGGUGGUUUGCGUGGAGGUGUGUUACUUGAUGAUCUGCUGGUUGCUGAAGAUCUUGCCGCUGCGGAAACAACCUCUGCGGCCUCUCAUGCUGCUGCAGAAGCCGCAGCAAACUCACCACCUGGCCGUUCACCUGGAAGAUAUGGAUUUUCUGAUGAAAGGACAGGGGAGCUACCGGAAUCAGCUCCAGAUGCUGUUGUGCUGGGAAGCCCUGUUGCACCGCCUGCGAAUGGGGAUAUGCAUACUGAUAUAAGCACAGAAAAUGCAAUGCUCCCUGGAACUCGCCAGCAUUGUAGGAGAACAAGCAAGGGUGUGGAGUAUCUUGUUGAAGCAUCGGCUGCGGAAGCUGAGGCUAUCAGUGCAACCUUAGCUGCAGCAAAGGCACGGCAAGUCAACGGUGAAGUUGAGCAGCCAGAUAGGGAUCGUGGUGCUGAGGCUACACCCAGUGGAAAACCUUCAUCCUCAUUAAUUAAGCCUGACUCUGCGGUGUCUACUAGUGUUAUUCCUGCAGGGGUUCGACUUCAUCAUAGAGCUGUGGUGGUUGCUGCAGAAACAGGUGGAGCCUUAGGUGGAAUGGUUAGACAGUUAUCUAUUGAUCAAUUUGAAAAUGAGGGCCGCCGUGUUGGUUAUGGGACACCCGAAAGUGCAACAGCAGCAAGGAAAUUAUUAGAUCGGCAGCAGUCGAUCAAUAGUGUUCCCAAAAAGGUUGUAGCUCAUCUCUUGAAGCCUCGUGGGUGGAAGCCUCCUGUUCGACGCCAGUUUUUCUUGGAUUGCAAUGAAAUAGCUGAUCUUUGCGACAGUGCAGAACGUAUCUUCUCAAGCGAGCCUACUGUAUUACAGCUUAAAGCUCCUAUUAAGAUAUUUGGUGAUUUGCAUGGUCAGUUUGGGGAUCUCAUGCGACUUUUUGAUGAAUAUGGUUCGCCAUCAACAGCUGGAGACAUAUCAUAUAUUGAUUACCUCUUCUUAGGGGACUAUGUUGAUCGGGGUCAACACAGCUUAGAAACAAUUACACUCCUGCUCGCGUUAAAGGUUGAAUACCAACAUAACGUACAUCUAAUUCGUGGAAACCAUGAAGCCGCCGAUAUUAAUGCUCUCUUUGGUUUCCGGAUAGAGUGUAUUGAGCGAAUGGGUGAACGUGAUGGGAUCUGGGUCUGGCACAGAAUGAACCGGUUAUUCAAUUGGCUACCUCUGGCUGCAUUGAUUGAGAAGAAAAUUAUUUGUAUGCACGGAGGAAUUGGUCGGUCUAUAAAUCAUGUGGAGCAGAUCGAAAGUAUCCAACGUCCAAUAACGAUGGAAGCAGGAUCAAUUGUGCUUAUGGAUUUAUUAUGGUCCGAUCCAACUGAAAAUGACAGUGUCGAAGGUUUAAGGCCAAAUGCUAGAGGCCCUGGGCUAGUUACUUUUGGGCCUGACCGUGUCAUGGAGUUCUGUAAUAACAAUGAUCUUCAGUUAAUUGUACGUGCGCAUGAAUGUGUGAUGGACGGGUUUGAGCGUUUUGCACAGGGGCAUUUGAUAACGCUCUUUUCGGCUACGAAUUAUUGUGGGAGUGCAAACAAUGCUGGGGCUAUCUUGGUGUUGGGGAGAGAUCUUGUGGUGGUUCCAAAGCUCAUCCAUCCGUUACCUCCAGCAAUUACAUCACCUGAAACUUCACCGGAAAGACAUAUAGAUGACACAUGGAUGCAGGAGUUAAAUGCAAAUCGACCACCUACACCAACAAGAGGACGCCCACAAACCCCAGACGACCGUGGCUCUCUUGCUUGGAUAUAAACCUAUCCAGAGAGACAGAGACGCACUUGUGGGCUUGCAUACUUCUCCUGAUGAGCUGCCUCUUUGAUGAUGAUCCUCAUAUUGUGUACAGAUCCAACCAAAACCAUUCUUGGUCUAUUGCGAGAUGGAUCACACUUGGAAUCAGUGCAAGCGCUCUUAAGAUACUGGGGGGAUUUCACAGAUGAUGAAAGAGUAAAGAAGUCAAGUUGGAUGGUUUUGGAGGCGGUGAGUAUUUGUGAGCGAGGCAGAGUAUUUUUAUUGGGUAAAAGGGAAUUUGUUCAUUUUUGUUUGUCUUCUAUAUAUUUUCUAAGUUUUGUUUAUUUGUCUGUGGUAUUGGGACACAACACAAGUGACUAGCAAAGGGGUUAUGGUUGGGAUAUUAGAGGUGUAUUAGUUUCGAGGAAGAAAGGGUGUUUGUAUCAUAGAGAGGUGUGUGGGCAUUGUGUAAUUUCUUUAUUCCUAAAAUCAGAGUAUGUAAUCUGUAACAUCGUUUGUGUGUUUAUUAUGAUUUGCAACAAAAAAAAGUUAUCUCC